AGGGCAGGAGAAGGAGCGCCCAGACACGCGAGGGCUGCCGGCGAGGAGACCUGCCGGCCUCUGAUACCUGCAGCCGCUGCCUGGCGGUGCUGACAGCGGCCCCGGAGUGGACGCCAGCAGUCGCGGGGUUCCUACCCCUCGGGGUCUCCCAGCUCCGCACUCCCACCCCAGGGUCAAGGGAUUGAGGAGACAGAAGAAAACUGGAGAGAGGCUGAUGGGCUCAGUUGACAGGCUCCACUGUCUCACCAUGACCACUGAAAAUCCAACACCUGGAGACCUGGCUUUGGCCCCCCUCGUCACUUGCAAACUCUGCCUGUGCGAACAGUCUCUGGACAAGAUGACCACACUGCAGGAGUGCCAGUGUAUCUUCUGCACAGCCUGCUUGAAACAGUACAUGCAGUUGGCAAUCCGAGAGGGCUGUGGGUCUCCUAUCACCUGCCCUGAUAUGGUGUGCCUAAACCAUGGGACCCUGCAGGAAGCCGAGAUUGCCUGUUUGGUGCCUGUGGAUCAGUUUCAGCUUUAUCAGCGUUUAAAAUUUGAACGAGAAGUCCACCUGGACCCCUACCGAACGUGGUGCCCCAUUGCUGACUGUCAGACUGUGUGCACGGUUGCAUCCGGGGACCCAGGGCAGCCUGUGCUGGUGGAGUGUCCUACUUGCCACCUGAAGUUCUGCUCAUGUUGCAAGGACGCUUGGCACGCAGAAGUCUCCUGUAGAGAUAGUCAGCCUGUCGUCCUGCCGACAGAGCACGGCACCCUCUUUGGGACAGACGCAGAAGCCCCCAUUAAACAGUGUCCUGUUUGCCGGGUUUAUAUCGAACGCAAUGAAGGCUGUGCCCAGAUGAUGUGUAAGAAUUGCAAGCACACAUUCUGCUGGUACUGUCUCCAGAACCUGGAUAAUGAUAUUUUUCUCAGACAUUAUGACAAAGGGCCGUGUAGGAACAAGCUUGGUCACUCGAGAGCAUCCGUGAUGUGGAACCGAACACAGGUGGUGGGGAUCCUUGUGGGGCUGGGCAUCAUCGCCCUGGUGACUUCACCCUUGCUGCUUCUGGCUUCCCCAUGCAUAAUCUGCUGUGUCUGCAAGUCCUGUCGGGGCAAGAAGAAAAAGCAUGACCCACCCACAACCUAAAGCUUUCCUGUCCACGUGCCACGAUGUCUGGGUUAUACGAAACAGCACAGCGAUCAAGCCCUGCUUAUUGAAUUUGCCUCCUGCUCCUUGCCAAACUUUGGAAGUGCCUCUGUGUUCAGACUUUGAACUUGACUGGUGCAUGUGUUCCUAUGUAAAGAGAAUCGGGGGUCCCACAGCCCAGGUUGCGUCUAUGGAUUAUGUUGAGAAGCUUUGGAGUUGCGGGGGAGGAACUGACACAUCAUCGUUUUAUCAUAUUCCAAGGAAUUCACUGGACUGUUCAACUGCCAGCCAAAUCCAAGGGGCCUGUGAGAUUAUAAUAAAUGUGUUAUCAUGGUUGGAAAAUACACAUGAUAACUGUGAAGCCCGUGUUCUGUGUUGGUUCGUCCACCAUGAAAAGCAUGGGGAGAUCACCACCGGGAGGGGAAGAAUAAGCCUGUUGAAGGAAAAAUCUCAUCAAAGCAGUAAAACAGGCAGCUUAUAUAACUGGGGAGUGGAGACAGUGGCUUUGCAUUGGCCAGCUAAUGGAUGUGCUGCUUCGAGCAUUCCUACAGUGACUUGGCAGAGUCACAAUCAGUUUCUCCUCAUGGGAUCACAGCUUCAAACAGGAGACACUGCUCUGCACAGGGACUUGCCCCUUUGCAGUAGAAGGGUCACAGUAUGUAAAACAAUAUGGUGGCAUUUAUCAUCUCUCUUUGGCACGUGUAGCAUCAUGAAGGCGAUAAACUCUUCUCUUACACUCACUAGCUGUAGUCUAGAAUAUUUUAUGUGAUGUCUGGGCAGAGUGACAGAGGUUUAAAACCUUCAGCUUAGAGAACAGAGUUCUGUGUGCAUUCAGGCAGAAGAUUUAGCAUUGAGCCUAACAGUGCACACCAAGAGAGAGUAUUAAAGCACCGUGUCCAUGUAGAAUCCAUGUCACUUGCCACCUACUGGGAAUUUCUACCCCUUGGGCAGGCAUAGUGACCCAGUAGUAUAAUGCAGUAGAUGUUUAUCUAAAAGCCAUUUUAUCUUUCAUUCUGAGUAAGAUGGUUCAUUAUACAUCAAUCUAAGGAUUUUUUUGGACAUAUAAUAUAUGUAAAUUUUGAUUUUAAGUUCAUAACUCACCCAAAGGUGUAGCUUUGUAAACAUAACUCUUAAAACAAUAUUUAGUACCAGAUGCUACCAUCUCAGUUUGUAGAAACUCUACUUGAUAAUCACAUUUUUUACAUGUUUUCCUACACAGUUCAGAGCAGCUCUCUGCAAAGUUUAGUAUUGCCCUUUCGUUAUCUGGUAGGGCAAUCUGAAUUGUUUCUGAAUGUUCAAGGCACUGAUAAAAUGACAAUAAACGUGUGAGAUUAAAAGUCAAUGCUUUACACUCUUAAAUAGUUUGGAUUUCUGUCACCUCAUCGUGACAUUUUUCCCAUUAAAUCAUGAAUCAGAUUUUAAAUAAACGGGUUUUGAAAAGACAGUAGCUUUUUCUCCAAUGACAGGAUUAUGUAAUUGCCAUUAGCAAUGUAGCCUGGUGCUUCCAGCGAACUGUUUUAAGUGUUAAUGGCAAACUCUCCUUGAAGCCAGGGAUAACUCAUCAGGAACUAUCAGAACACAUGAUAUUUUCUGAAGUAACUAGACUAUUAAUUUGCUGCUAUUCUGGAGCUAUGAUUAAAGAGUGAUGCUUUGCUACGUAAUGGAAUGUACCCUGGAUGUGUAUAUUUAAGGAACUUUAAUUUGUAUGUACAUAUUAACAUUUGAUAUAUGUAUAAUACAUCUGUUGGUCAUGGACAUUUUUUAUUUACAGUUUGUAUAGAACAUAGAUGGAAACUCUGGGAAAACUUUUGAAUGAUAAACCAACCAAAAAACAUUUUUUUAUGGUUUAUUAGAAAUUUCUCAGUAUUGUCUUUAUUUUCUUUUGAAAUUUUCAACACUUGAGAAAAAAUCAACACCCUCUUUUAUCAAUGUGUUUCAGAUUGAUAUAGUUACACAUGUACAUAUAUUUGUAUAAUUUGCUUUGUCUUAUACUGCCUCUUAUUAGUAAAGGGCAUUUAUAAUUGCUCAGGGGAUGACAGGAACUCAACUGAAAGUGAAUUUUUGUAUCGAGAAUAUCAGAAGUGGCAAUCUAUUCCUCCAUUAGUAAAUUCUCCAAGUUUGGUUCCAGGAUCUUUACAUAAUUGGGACUAGUUUUGGGGAACUCUACAAUAUUGUGUUAUCAGAGGAGUAGCUCCUGAGUUUGGAGGGAAGGUAGAAGAAAAUACCUAUUUGCUUGGCAAAAUGGAAGGAACUUAACAUCUCACACAGAAAUUAUAUUAGUAUUAGCUACUUUCUUGUGGGGGAUAGACAGGUUGUUUAACAGAUCUUAAGUUACUGGUAUUAAAAUUUUUAAAGGUUAGAAAGUGCUUGAAAAUGGUGCCUCAAAUAGCUAAAUGAGGUGGCCUGUGUGAAACCUUUAGUCAGGGUUCGCAGGAACUUUGACUCUUGUGCACCAAGAAGUGAAAUAAUACGCAAAGUCACUUGAGGCUUUGCUUAAAGGAGAAGCCGACAACUCUGCUAACAGUGAUGCUUUGGGUUUGGAUAAUUGUCUAGUCAAACUGUUGCCUUCCUGUCAGUUUUAUACUUCCCUCGUGAAACUCUGUCCUAGGAAGAAAUACGGUUUGUAUAAUCAUGUUUGGAUGUUGUGGUAAAUUCUUUAUGUUUGAAGUAGUGUAGUCCAUUGAAAGAGAAAUAAAGUCUUCACCAAGUUGUCAUCUGGAUAUAAACCCCCACUAUUCAGAAAUAUGGUGGAUGUAAUGGCACAUCCGGCCGUUGCUCCGGAAACAAAUUUUAGCAUCUUAAGGCAUCCUAUUUGUUCAUGCCAUGGAUAUUUUCUCGGGACUUGAAAUGUAUUUUGAAAGAGGCCUUUGGAAAAUGAAGAAUUCACAGUGUGAAUUUUCUUGUAGCCUGCAUCAUGACCACCUUAUUUAUCAAAGUUUGAAAUUACGCUUAUUCAAAUGUAAAUCGGUUAUUUGGAAAACCACAUUGUCUCUUAAAAAUUAUCCAGAAUCUAAAUAUGUAUUAUCUUAAUCUUCCCUAAACAGUGCUUCUAAAAGACUUUCUGUUCAUCAAUGGAUGCCUUUAUGUAUAUAGACUAAUACAUAGGUGUGUGACUUUGAGGACAAUUUCAGAACUGCCUUAGAUGAAUGACAUUUUAUAAAGCUGGCAUAAUUGAUGUCUAUAGGCUAUUGCAUCCCAUCUUGAUUUAUGAUCCAGAAAAGUUUUGUUAUGUCUUUAAGAAAUUGCUGUUGUAUUCUAUUUUUCCAGUGAUUUGGGAGGAAAAUAACUGUUUUAGUUUCUCUAACCCCAAUAAAUGUGGAGGAAAUCAAGUAUGUUAAACUUUGUUAUGCUGUAUGUUUCAAGACCUGAUCAAG